CCGCCCCCAGGGGCGCCCCCCGCCCCCGGCUGCCAGUGGAAAUCCGCAGGCCUCCCCGGGGGUCACCACAGAGAUGAGGCCGCCGCGCGGCGCAGAGCGGGCCCCGUGGUGACGAGAAGGGGCGGACCAUCGAGUCGGGGCCUCCACACAGCGCAGAACGGCUCCGCGGCCACCCUCCGCGGAAGCACCCGCCUCCUCCGGCUCGCCUGUAUUCGAACCCCGCCGGAAGUGAUGUGCCAACUGUGCCAUGCCCAGGCCCCGCGCCCGCAAGACCACCCCCCGGCGCCGCCCCACUCGCCCCUCGCCCUCGCCCUCACCGCCACCCCCGCCCCCACCCCCACCCCGGCGCUCCCCCCGCCGCGCCCUGCCAGGACCGCGGCGGCGCCGGUACCGCCCAGGGCAGCGAGCACUGCUGGAGAUCCGCAAGUACCAGCGCAGCACGGACCUGCUCAUCCGCCGCCUGCCCUUCGCCCGCGUGGUGCGGGAAAUCUGCCUGAAUUACACACGGGGGGUGGAUUUCCACUGGCAGGCCAUGGCCUUGCUGGCCCUGCAGGAGGCGGCUGAGGCCUUCCUGGUGCACCUGCUGGAGGACUCGUACCUGUGCGCCAUCCACGCCAAGCGUGUCACCCUCUUCCCCAAGGACAUGCAGCUGGCCCGGCGCAUCCGCGGUUUGCAUGAGGGCCUGGGCUGACCUCUAUGGCCCUCCAGCCAGGGCACCCCGUGGCACCCCACAGUUCCCCUGCCCUGCACUGUGUAGGGCAGGCAGCUGGGGGCUUUUAAUUUGGACUAAGAUGUUUCCUCCCCGCAAAUCUACCCCAGGGCAGGGGGGUUUUGGAACCUUCCUGGUGCCCCCAGCCCUGUGUUUCUGCCCCCCCAACCCUGGGAGUGUCUGAGCUAGCCCCACUGGAGGGGCUCUGACCCCAGUGGGGAGUGCUGAGCCCUAUGGGGAGGUCCUGAACCCCCUGUGGGGGAGAGGGACCAUGGAUCUCGGGGCCCUGACUUAGGCAGGGGGAGAGGAGAUGGCAACAACGGCUGCUCCUGCUCCCCCUUGCCCCAGGCUCCCUAGUUGCCCCCUCCCCAGCUCUGUGCCCCAUGGGAUCCCUGCUUAACCCCUCCCCCCAAAGUUCCUUCUUCCAUAGUUACCCGUGCCCUGGUCCCUCUUCUUCCCCAUGAUUUUAGCUGGGGGGUGGGGGGGUGCUUGGAGAGCUGUAGUCUUGGCGAUGCAUUGUUUUCUCUGCUAAUUUCAGGCCAAAUUAAAGCAAUAUUGGAUUUUUCAA